AUGGAGCCCAACUACUUUACGUGCACCCUUGGACAGGCUGCAGCGUUGGGCAUACAACAACCCCACAAUACGAUCAACAAGCUCGUAGAUGCACUGUCCGAACGACACGCUGAUCAGCCAGCUGUAGGCUUUCCACAGCCUGGCGACAGUGUCGAGGAUCCAUGGACAAAUCUUCUCUUCAGCUUCGCGGAUAUCAAACUAGGAUCGACAUACGUUGCAAAUCUACUAGUGCAGCAUCAUGAGACCACACUAGCACGUUGCCAGACGGUCGGGCUGUUGUGUCCAAGCACAGCGGAGUUUCUUUUCACAUGGUUGGCUCUGAUUAGGCUAGGGCAUGGUGUCUUGCUUAUUGCGCCGCAAUGUCAGCCAGAAGCAAUAGCGAACCUCUGCAAAACCUGCGACGUUCGACUUCUGUUCUACGACAAUGUCUACGCGGAUCAAGCGGUCGAAGCGGCGCGCAUAUCGUCUGAUCAAUCUGGCACAGCUCUGGCGAGCGCCGCACUACCCUUCUCCGACAAGCCGCAGCGCAAUACCUUUGUCCCAGAGCGUGUUGAGCAGUAUAAUAUGCCGAUAGUAUCCGAGAGUGAUGAAGAGGUUGCAUAUCUGCACCACACCUCAGGCACUUCGUCUGGUAUGCCAAAACCGAUUCCCCAGACCCAUCGUGGCGGAGUCGGAGUUCUCCCCUCUUUCUCUGACGGGUGGCAAGCCACUACCUUUACAACUACCCCUCUCUAUCAUGGUGGUAUCGCCGACCUUUUCCGCGCCUGGACCAGCCACGCAAUGAUCUGGCUGUUUCCGGGAAAGAGAGUGCCAAUCACCGCGAAGAACAUCAUCAAGUGUUUAGAACUAGCCAAACGGGAACAUCACGCAGGCUCAACAAGUCAUGUAGCGCCGGUCAAAUUCUUCUCAUCGGUCCCAUACGUGUUACAGAUGUUGGAGUCUGAACCUGAAGGCUUGCGACACCUUCAGCAGAUGGACAUCGUAGGUGUUGGGGGCGCUGCUCUUCCGCCCGAAGUUGGUAAUCAACUUGUGUCCAACGGCGUCAACUUGAUUUCACGCUUCGGUAGCGCAGAGUGUGGGUUUCUCCUCUCCUCGCACCGAGACUAUUCCAAAGAUCGCGAGUGGCAGUACCUGCGCGUGGCUUCAGGUGCGGAGCGAUACCUACGCUUCGAGCCACAAACAGAUGGUGGUGGACUAUCAGAGCUUAUAGUGCUCAAAGGCUGGCCGCACAUGGCAAAGCGCAACCGUGACAACGGCUCAUAUGCUACCUCAGAUCUCUUCGCACCGCACCCUUCAAUACCUAAUGCUUGGAAGUAUCACAGUAGGGCAGACAGUCAGCUGACACUAAUAACGGGGAAGAAAUUCGACCCUGCGCCCCUGGAGGCUUCGCUUGCAACGUCUGAGCUAGUGGACGAUGUACUCAUCUUUGGUAACGGGCAGCCGUACCCUGGCGCGCUGGUGUUCCGGAGUCAGCAUGCCAUAGGUCUGUCCAAUGCAGAUCUGUUGCAGCAAGUCUGGCCGCGGAUGGAGAAGCUCAACGCUGGGAGCCAGGAUCAUGCCCGGAUAGCGAAAGCAAUGCUGUUGCCAAUGCCUGUCCUGGAAAGGCCGCUUGAGAAGAGCAGCAAGGGCACGAUCCUGAGAAAUGCCGUCGAAAAGCGGUUCAAGCAGGAGAUUGAGAGCGCUUACUCGCAAGCCGAAGGCACUGAAGAUGCGGCUAACGUGCCAGACGAGAGUUUACCCGACUUCAUUAGAGAGACAGUGUCUGCUGUGGUGGCGAAGCCCGGUAAACUGACUGAUACUACUGAUUUGUUCUCAUAUGGUGUUGAUUCAGUCGCUGGCAUGCGGAUUCGCACGAAGCUACGUCGUCUACUACCAGCGGACUCGGCUCCUCUGCCGAUUAAUGUUGUCGAAGACUGUGGCUCUAUCGACAAACUAGCGCAGUACGUUCGUCGGAAACGGCAUGGCGAGACCCAUUGCAAUGGCGAUGCGAAGGAGGAUGAGCAUGCGUACAUGCGCGAGCUCGUAGAGACCUACAGCCGCUUCGUCGAGAGCAUAGAAGCGACAUCAGGUUCGAACGGACAAAGCAGCGGAGGAGAUGUCGUCGUCCUUACAGGUGCUACCGGAGCACUGGGUGCUCAUGUUCUUAACCAGUACAGGAAGAAGCCGGAAGUUCGGAAAGUAUACUGCCUCGUCCGUGGCUCGGACGAGCAUGCUGCAUUCGAACGAGUAAACAAGGCGCUCACACAGCGUAAGCUACCGGCCCUAGAUGGUGCAAAGCAGGAGUGCAAGGUCCAAAUCGUACAGGCGUCGCUCGGCGAGAACCGGUUGGGCUUGUCAGACGAGACGUAUCAAAGUAUUGCGAAAGAAGCAACCGUCAUAAUGCACGUGGCUUGGUCCGUCAACUUCCGCAUGAGAUUGCGUAGUUUUGUUAAGGACAACAUUGCAGGUGUUACCAAUCUCAUCAAUCUGGCCUUGGCAUCGCCGCAUGAUCAAGCGCCUGUCUUCGCGUUCUGCUCGUCCGUGGCGAGUGCGAUGGCAUACAGCGGGAAAGCAGCGGUGCCGGAGACAAUUAUUAACGAUCCAAGUGCCGCCACAAAUCUAGGCUAUUCGCAGAGCAAGUGGGUGGCGGAGCAAAUCUGUCUCCGCGCAUCUGAGACUAGACGGUUGAAGGGCCGGGUCGCAGUCUUUCGGGUCGGGCAGCUAGCUGGAGACAGCGAGACAGGUGUCUGGAAUACCAAAGAAGCUUGGCCCAUGAUGCUGAGUGCAUCUAAGAUUACUGAGAGUCUACCGACUCUGAAAAACGAGAACUUGGACUGGCUCCCGGUUGAUAUAGCUGCCAGUGCACUAAUACAGGGCGCCCAAACGCCAAGGUAUGACCGUACGCUAGCGGUCUAUCAUGUGCUCAAUAAUAAUGGACGACCUACUUGGAUGGAGAUGUUGGAGUGGUUGAAGCAACACGAGAGCUUCAAUAUCGUGCCACCUUCGAGAUGGGUAUCACAACUGGAAGCUGCUGUUGACCAAGGCUCGACCCAUCCUGCCACCCAGCUUCUGGACCAUUGGCGGGAGGCGUAUACUGCUACAAAGCAGAACGAAGCGCCCCACGCCGAAUUCGAUAUGAUAGAAACCAAGGAAGCUCUGCCAGUUCUAGCGAGUGUUGAACCGGUUGAUGAGGAGUACUUCAAUAAGCUCUGGGCCUGGAUCAAAGUCAACGUGUGA